CGCUCUUGUUUGGGCCACCACACAAACGUUCUCCAGGCAGCGCAGACCAUCGAUCAAUCCAAGUCGUCCAUUGAGUCCAGUCCCCUCUGGUUCAACCCAUCACACCCCUCCCGGCAAGCAACCGACAUCUGCUGCUGGCGUUUCCCGGAGCCUCUUGAUCCACCCCCAUUGUCUUGUGUUUGCUUGUUACAUCUGAGGUCGCGUCGCCGGUCGCUGGCUUGCCGCCGCCGCCGCCCAGCCCGCUGCCACUCAAGCCAUGUCGUAUCAGCAGCCGCCGCCCUAUGGCUUUCCCAACAACGCACCCGGUCCAACCUUCAAUGGUGCCGCCCCACCACCGCAGAACCUUCACCUACAGACCGGGCAAGACUUAGGCCAACCGCCGCAGUCUAUGAUGUACGCUCCACAGCAACAGCAGCAGCAAUACGCAAUGGCUUCCUCCCACGGCCAUUUCCCACCAGGUCCUGGCAUCAUGCCGACACCUGGGCCCGGAGCCGCCGGCAUGAUGCAGCAGAAUCCUCCCGGUAUGAUGCCAUCUCACAUGGCACCGAAUGGUCAGAUGUCGUACCAGACGCCCUACACCGCGUCUCAAUACGGUGUCGGCAUCCCCUCACCCGCCCAACCCCAGAUGGCAGGCAACUUCAAUCCCAUGGCCGGCCCGAUGCCAGGUUACCCGAUGAAUGCGCAAGCAAUACAGCAGCAACAGCAGCAGCACAUGAUGCAGCAACAGCAACGAAUGCACCAGUCGCAACAGCACCAUCCAUCCAUGGGACCAGGUCACCAGCAGAGGGCGUUUAACCCAAUGGCCGCUCAGGCGCAGGCGCAAGCCAGUCCUAACACGAUGCCGCCUCAUCAUGGACAGUUUUCUCACCCACAGCAGCCUCCCCAGGCUGCAAAGCAAGCGCAAGCGCAGCCGCAACCACCGCAACAACCUCAGCAGCAACCCCAGCAGCAACCCCAGCAGCAGCAACAACAACAACAACAACAACAACAACAACAACAAACCCAGCAACAUCAACAGCAUCAGCAUCAACAGCAACAUCAGCAGCAGCAGCAUCAAAACCAUCAACAGCAUCAGCAGCAGCAUCAAAACCAUCAACAGCAUCAGCAGCAGCAGCAUCAUCCUCAUCAGCAGCAGCAACAACAACAACAACAACCACCACCACCACAGCAACAGCAACAGCCACCACAGCAACAUGCACAACAGCAACCGAGCAGUGCGACUGUGACCACACCCCAGACGCCGACUUUCCCACAGAUGGGCCCUGGCGGCAACCCGCUCGAUGCAACCGUGUCGCAAACACCACUCAGUCCCGGAGCGCAUGCCCGAGAGCAAGAGCGCAUCGCCACUAUUCUCGAGAUCAAUAACGAGCUCAUGUACGAAGCUUUGGUCCUCCAAAAUACUCACUUUGCGCACAAGGUCGAAAACGACACGAAAGACCCAGCUGGCAAUACUAUUCCCAGGGAGCCUACAGCCGUGGAACAACCAAUAAAUAACGAUCUUCUACAUGUCAUGAGACGGUUGCAGUCAAAUAUUGCGUACUUGAUGACGCUAACAGAUCGCAAGACGGUGUUGCCAUGUCCGGCUUAUCUAACACCACCACCGGCAAACCUGUCGAUUAAACUCAGGAACAUACCGCCAAAACCCGAUGGCUCAGAAGAGGCUGCAGAUCCUCACGUUGAUCGUGAAGAAAGGGUGAACCUGGUUAGGACACUGUACGAACGCCUGCAAACGCUAUAUCCUGGCGUGGACUACUCAAAAGAGCCCAUAUACGGACAGAAGAUGCAGGAAACGAUGCAGGGCCAGACACCCCAGAGUCAACCACCACCGGCGCAGAUGCAAGGCCAGGUAGGCCAAGGGCAGGUACCGAUGCAGAUGCAGAUGCAUAUGCAGGGUAUGGCCCCGGGACAUGGUCAGCCUCAGAUGCACAUGCAAAAUCAGCAUAACCUCCAAGCCAUGGGCCAAGGUCAGACUGCCCAGAUGCACAUGUACCAGAACCACCAGGCUCACAGAAAUCCAAAUCAAGCGAGUCCAGGGAUGGCGCCUCAGCCAGGUUCUCGUGGCACGCCUCAAAUGUCCCAUAUGGGCAUGCCCGGUCAGCAGAUGGCACCACUUCAGUCCAAUUAGGGAUAUGGACUUUACGGUGAAGAAAGCGAGCAGGCUGAACAUUUUGAACUGGGUAGCAGUACGAGCCUGCAAGGGCUAUACGGUCACGCACUCGCACAUCUCCACUUUGACAGCCCACUUGGUUAUGGGACUGGCUACGGGGAUGGCCAAACAUAUGCCAUUGAUCUUGCGGAAGGCUACUUGUCUGGCUCUGGUUCUGUUCAAGCAGAUGGCCAGUACUAUACCGCUGAUCCGGACGAAUAUUUUGGCGAGGCAGUAUAUUUUGAGUGGUAGUUGAGGUCCUCCUCGCGGUAUUAUAUCAGUUCUGAUUUCUCUUGUCUCCCGGCACCUGCCUGCGAUACACACUUGAAAAGACCCUCAAGAUAUUUAGGGGGUCCAGACGGUUUACUGGAAUAUUCUGCACAUUAUAAUUUGCUUUAUCUUGGAUCGUGUGGCGCAUACGGCAUUCUGGAAUAGCGGAGCGCGACUCUACUGGUGGGUGGCUUUGUUGGCGCAGAGGCAAGCGGCAUUAAUACGGGUUGCUUAAUGUCUUUAACUCUUCUUAUUUUUGUAGCGAUCUGUCACAACCUGUACUCUAGUAGUAGUAAGCUAAUCAAUGUAAGGGGGUGGCGUGCAGAACAGGCUUCCAGAAUAGGAGCUGGGUCAGAUUCCAUCGAUAUGGCUUUGAUGCUCAGCCUGCAACCUGACCAUUCUGGUUUUAGGAAAUCUUGCCAAGCUUAUUUACCCGAGUAUGAGGAGGCAUACAUCUGAAAGC